AUGUCAGAAGACACUUCCACAACCAAAGUGCUGGUUGAAGAACCUACAGUCUGGUCAAGUACACCUGGUUCAUCACCCAUGUCAGAGCCAUCAGACAUCCACCAAACCAUGGUCAUCACUGAAGGUUCUACACCCAUCCAAAGCAACCCGAGUUCAGAGCACACAAUGGUGCCAUCUGGAAAUUCUCCAAGUACAGUUAUAUCUGAGAAGCCUUCUACCUUGGCAGACAGCUCAGCUGUACCAAGCACAACCAAGCCCUCUGGUACUUUCCAAACCUCUUCCUUGACUGAAGAAUCUACAACUUCCCUGAACAGCCCAGAAUCAGCACACACUACAAAGUUGUCAAACAUCUUCACAUCGACAAUGGUGGUUGAAGGAUCCACAAUAACACCCAGCACAGCUGGUUCAGCAACCACCACAGAGACAUCAGACAUCCACCAAACCACUGAACUGACUGAGGGACCCACAGGCUCCCCAGGCAGCCCAGGACCAGAACCCACAACAGUGCCACCUGACAGCUCCCCAUCCACAGUCCCCAUAGAAGGAGCAACAACCAUAUCUAGCAGCUCAGGACCUGCACACACCACUCUUCCAGAUGACACUGCCCAAUCCACCGUCCUGACUGGACAAUCUCCAUUCCCCAGCAGCCCAAGUCCAAUACAGGAAUCAGUGGCCACCGGAAGUGCCCAGACCACCAUUGUGGAUGAAGGGUCGACAGGGACCCCGUUCAGCCCAAGCUCAGCCUACACCACAGGGCCCACAGCAGAUGACACCGCCCAAUCCACCGUCCUGACUGGACAAUCUCCAUUCCCCAGCAGCCCAAGUCCAAUACAGGAAUCAGUGGCCACCGGAAGUGCCCCGACCACCAUUGUGGAUGAAGGGUGGACAGGGAGCCCACACAGCCCAAGCUCAGCCUACACCACAGGGCCCACAGCAGGCUGGCCAAGCACAGUCCUGACUGAGGGAGCAACAGCCUCACCAGGCAGCCCUACAUCAUCAUACACCUCACUGCCACCAGACACAUCCACACCCACACUGAUGGUUGAAGAAUCCCCAGCCUGGUCCAGGCAAUGCCACAAUGGAAACUGGACUGGGAAUCAGUGCGUGUGUGAGCAGGGCUUCACAGGUCUGGACUGCGAGUCUCUCCUGAUCUCCUUUCCAGUAGAAAUCCCCGGGAUCAUCACCGCUAACGUGACCGCGGUGGUGAAGGUGAUCCACAGGAACUUCACAGAGGACCUGAAAGACCCGUCCUCCGAAGCCUACAAGAACUUCACUCAGCAGUUCAUCGAACAACCACCACAGGCAGGAGCAGGGAGCUGUCCUGAUGUGGGGGUCGGGGAGGAGGGCUCUCUUUGUGCGUUCCAGCCCAGUGUAGCCACAACUGGAAAUGGCAGCAUUGUGGUGGAAAAUGCUGUCCACCUAGCAGCCAACUACACCCCGCAGUACCGUGAGCUGUUCGGCCAUCUCAGGGAUGUUGUGCAGGCCAGACUCAAGAACAAGACCAGCAUGAUUCCAGAUGACAUAGCCAAGUGCCGAGAUUCCACACUGUGUUACAAUGGAAAUGUCACCACAGUGGAGAAAGAUAUAAAGCUGAGCUUUGACCCACAGGAACAAUGCACCCAGAAAGCUGCCCGGGACUUUGCCCACUUCUUCUAUGUGGAUGAGCUGGAUGGAAGGCUGACGUGCGUGACUCAGUGUACAACAGGGACCAAGUCGCAGCUCAAUUGUAACCAGGGCCAGUGCCAGCUGCAGCGCAGCGGUCCCCGCUGCCUGUGCCCCAACACGGACACGCACUGGUCCUGGGGGGACAGCUGCGAGCACAACACCAGUAAGGCCCUGGUGUACGGGGUGGUGGGCGCCGUGGUCGCGGUGUUGCUGGUGGUGGUGGUGGUCCUGGCCUUCUUCCUUGGCCGAUCGCGAAGGAAACUCCACAGCACAUCAGUGACCAGUCCUCCUGAUAUCACCACCUUGCCCCUCACCACUGAGGACAUAACAACACGUUUGACUAAAACCCCACAAGUCAGUUCAUCUUCAACUGUCGAGGUCACCAGCACCACUGUUUCGACCCCACUAGAAGGAAGUACUCCAUCAUCUACAACACUGUCCUCAAGCACAUCAGUGACCAGUACUCCUGAUAUCACCACCUUGCCCCUCACCACUGAGGACACAACCACACUUGUGAGGACAACUCCUGAAAUCACUUCAUCUUCUCCUGUGGAGGUCACCACCACCACUGUUUCUACCCCACUAGAAGGAAGUACUCCAUCAUCCACAACACUGUCCUCAAGCACAUCAGUGACCAGUCCUCCUGAUAUCACCACCUUGCCACUCACCACUGAGGCUACAACCACACCUGUGAGUACAACUCCUGAACUCACUUCAUCUUCUCCUCUGGAGGUCACCACUACCCCUGUUUCCACACCACCAGAAGGAAGUUCUCCAUCAUCCACCACACUGUCCGCAAGCACAUCAGUGACCAGUCCUCCUGAUAUCACCACCUUGUCCCUCACCACUGAGGCCACAUCCACACCUGUGAGUACAACCUCAGAAAUCAGUUCAUCUUCAACUGUGGAGGUCACCAGCACCACUGUUUCGACCCCACUAGUAGGAAGUACUCCAUCAUCCACAACACUGUCCUCAAGCACAUCAGUGACCAGUACUCCUGAUAUCACCACCUUGCCCCUCACCACUGAGGCUACAACCACACCUGUGAGUACAACUCCUGAAAUCACUUCAUCUUCUCCUCUGGAGGUCACCACCACUCCUGUUUCCACACGACCAGAAGGAAGUUCUCCAUCAUCCACCACCUUAGUUCCCAGAACGACAGUGACCAGUCCUUCUGGUGUCACCACCUUGUCUCCCACUCCAGAGGCCACAUCCACAACUUUGACUACAACCUCAGAAAUCAGUUCAUCUUCAACUGUGGAGGUCACCAUCACCACUGUUUCCACACCACCAGAUGGAGCUACUCCAUCUUCUACCACCGUGUUCUCAAGCACAGUAGUGACAAGUACUCCUGGUGUCACCACAUUGCCCCUCAGCCCAGAGCACACAACCACACCUCUGACUAAAUCUCCUGAAGUCAGUUCAUCUUCAACAGUGGAGGUCCCGACCACCUCUGUUUCCACACCACCCGAAGAAAGUUCUCUAUCAUCUACUACCUUGGUUUCUACCACAACAGUGACCAGUCCUCCUGAUGUCACCAACUUAUCUCCCACUUCUGGGGCCACAACCACACCUUUGACUACAACCCCAGAAGUCAGUUCAUCUUCAACUGUGGAGAUCACCAUCACCACUGUUUCUACCCAACCGGAAGGAAGUACUCCAUCAUCCACAACCCUGCCCUCAAGCACAUCAGUGACCAGGCCUCCUGAUAUCACCAGCUUGCCUCUCACCACUGAGGACACAACCACACCUGCUACAACCACACCUGUGAGUACAACUCCUGAAAUCACUUCAUCUUCUCCUCUGGAGGUCACCACCACCCCUGUUUCCACACUACCAGAAGGAAGUUCUCCAUCAUCCACCACCCUGUCCGCAAGCACAUCAGUGAUCAGUACUCCUGAUAUCACCACCUUGCCCCUCACCACUGAGGCCAUAACAAUACCUUUGACUACAACCCCACAAGUCAGUUCAUCUUCAACUGUGGAGGUCACCAGCACCCCAGUUUCGACCCCACUAGAAGGAAGUACUGCAUCAUCCACAACACUGUCCUCAAGCACAUCAGUGACCAGUCCUCCUGAUAUCACCACCUUGCCCCUCACCACUGAGGCUACAAUCACACCUGUGAGUACAACUCCUAAAAUCACUUCAUCUUCUCCUCUGGAGGUCACCACCACCCCUGUUUCCACACCACCAAAAGGAAGUUCUCCAUCAUCUACCACCCUGUCCGCAAGCAUAUCGGUGACCAGUCCUCCUGAUAUCACCACCUUGCCCCUCACCACUGAGGCCACAACCACACCUUUGACUACAACCCCACAAGUCAGUUCAUCUUCAACUGUGGAGGUCACCACUACCACUGUUUCUACCCAACCUGAAGGAAGUACUCCAUCAGCCACAACCCUGUCCUCAAGCACAUCAGUGACCAGUCCUCCUGAUAUCACCAGCUUGCCCAUCACCACUGAGGACACAACCACACCUGUUAGUACAAUUCCUGAAAUCACUUCAUCUUCUCCUGUGGAGGUCACCACCACUCCUGUUUCCACACGACCAGAAGGCAGUAUUCCAUCAUCCACCACCUUAGUUCCCAGCACGAAAGUGACCAGUCCUUCUGGUGUCACCACCUUGCCUCCCACUCCAGAUGCCACAACCACACCUUUGAGUACAACCUCAGAAAUCAGUUCAUCUUCAACUGUGGAGGUCACCACUUCCACUGUUUCUAACCAACCAGAAGGAAUUACUCCAUCAUCCACCACCCUGUCGGCAAGCACAUCAGUGACCAGUACUCCUGAUAUCACCACCUUGCCCCUCACCACUGAGGCCAUAACAACACCUUUGACUACAACCCCACAAGUCAGUUCAUCUUCUCCUGUGGAGGUCACCACUCCUGUUUCCACACUACCAGAAGGAAGUUCUCCAUCAUCCACCACCUUUGUUUCCAGCACAACGGUGACCAGUCCUUCUGGAGGAACUACUACAUCUUCCACCACCGUGUCCUCAAGCACAGUAGUGACAAGUACUCCUGGUAUCACCACAUUGCCCUUCAGCCCAGAGGAUACAACCAUACCUGUGACUAUAAUUCCUGAAGUCAGUUCAUCUUCAGCUGUGGAGGUCACCACCACCUCUGUUUCCACACUACAAGAAGGAAUUCAAUGCAUGAAUGGAGGACUGUUGGUUGGAGGCGUGUGUGAAUGUCCUGUGGGCUUCUCGGGAGAUCGGUGUCAGAAUGCUGUCAUUAUCUGCCAAAAUGGCGGCUCCUGGGACGGGCUCAAGUGCCAGUGUACCAGCCUCUUCUACGGACCAAGGUGUGAGGACGUGGUGGAGAGUAUCGAGUUAGAGGAGAGCGGGAGCUCCUCCACCCCCCGCUCCAGUCACCCUUGUACCCAGGAACAGACCGUCUCUGCCCAGGUAGAUCUGUCCGUGACAGUCACCACUGAACAGUUCAGCAGUGAGCUAGAGGACCGGAAUUCCAAGAGAUUUAAGGAGUUCAAUGAGACCUUCACAAAACAGAUGGACCAGAUCUACGCCGGUAUCCCCGAGUAUGGAGGAGUGAACAUCACAAGGCUGAGGUCUGGCAGUGUGGUGGUGGAGCACGAAGUCAUCCUGAAGGUCCAGUACGUCCCAGAUUACAAGGAAGUAUUCAACAAGGCCAAAGCGGAAGUAGAGGAAAAAAUCCAGACUGCAACGCCAUCACAACCUCUCCUGUCUCUCCCAGCCCUCCUCUGCUUCAAUUCAACUGCCACCGUGGUGCAAAACUUUACUGUUGCUGAGAACAAUUUUGAAGAGGAAUGCCAGAAAAAGGCUGGGGAGGAUUUUGCGCCCUACUUCCGGGUGGAGUUCCUGAAGGGCAAGCUGUACUGCGUCACGCCCUGCAUGGCCGGCUUCAACUUCUCCAAGGACUGUCACUAUGGAAAGUGCCAGCUCCAGCGCUCUGGGCCCCGCUGCCUCUGUUUGAACACCGACACGCACUGGUACCAAGGGGAGACUUGCGAGUGGGGCAUCCAGAAGAGCCUGGUGUUCGCGCUCGUGGGUGCAGCAGGCGUGGUGGUGUUGGUGGCCCUCGUUGUCCUCGGCUUCUUCACCUUCCGCUUCAAGAGGAAGGCCCAAAGGCAAAAGCUCAAAGUGUCGCAGUUAUACAAAUGGAAUGAAGAGGAGGGUAGAGCAGCUCCUGGAACCUUCCAGAACAUUGGUUUUGAUGUGUCAGAAGGGGAAGACUACAUUCACCUGGACUCCAUGUACAGCACCUUCCAGCCCUCCCUGAGCCACAUAGACCUGGAAAGAAAGGUCCAAAUCCAGAGGCCAGAGGUGGUCAUGACGUCCCUGUGA